CCAGUCCAGUUAGUGGCGGUAAUGCACCUACGAGUUGGUUUGCCAACCGCCAAUAAACACCAAAGAGGAAGAAGAAGAAGAAGUAACUAGGAAGCAGUGGUGCUGCUGAUGUGACUGUUGUUACACGUGAAGGAAAAUGGCAUCGAACAGUCAUGUAAAGAUUGGAAUAAUUGGUGGUUCUGGUCUUGAUGAUCCAGAUAUCCUAGAGGGAAGGACAGAACGGUAUGUAGUCACACCAUAUGGAAAGCCAUCUGAUGCACUUAUUUUGGGCAAAAUUAAAAAUGUUGACUGUGUGCUUCUUGCAAGGCAUGGGAGACAACACAGCAUUAUGCCCACAAAUGUCAAUUACCAGGCUAAUAUUUGGGCAUUGAAGGAAGAGGGAUGCACCCACCUGCUAGUCACCACAGCCUGUGGUUCCCUUAGAGAGGACAUCCAGCCUGGGGACAUUGUCUUGAUAGAUCAGUUCAUUGACAGAACAACAAAACGUGUUCAGACAUUUCAUGAUGGGCAGUCCACCAGCCCCCCAGGUGUAUGUCACAUCCCAAUGGCUGAACCCUUCUGCAGUAAGACUAGAGAGGUGCUAUUAGAGGUUGCCCAGGGUCUAGGUGUGAAGUGUCACCCUCGAGGGACAAUGGUGACCAUCGAAGGUCCACGUUUCUCCUCUCGGGCAGAAAGUCUUAUGUUUAGGCUGUGGGGUGCUGAUGUCAUCAACAUGACCACUGUGCCGGAAGUGGUUCUUGCUAAGGAGGCUGGCCUGUGCUAUGCUAGUAUUGCAAUGGCAACUGAUUAUGACUGCUGGAAAGAGCAUGAAGAGGCGGUGUGUGUGGACAAUGUUCUGAAAACCAUGAAAGAGAAUGCAAAUAAAGCUAGUAGCAUUCUGCUAACCGCUAUCCCACAGAUCUACAAAAUGGACUGGGAAAGCACAAUAAAUGUGCACAAGUUGAUGUCACAAUCUUCAGUAAUGUUGCCCAAACAUUAAGGCACAUUGCAAUCAAGAAGCCAUCAAGAUCUGGUGUUCAGGGCUGCAACCAUGUAUCAUGUUGUGCAGGACUAUUCAGCUUCAGUACUAGAGGGCCAGUGGCACAAGUUAUGUUCUAACCUAAAUCAAACAUAUCUAGUCUGGUUAGGGCUUAAUCUAAAUACUGCAGGAAACUCCGGAACUGAAGCUGAAAAGCCCCGAUGUAGUGUGACACUCAUACCAGCCAUAGUUAAUUUUUUUUAAGGUGAUGUUUGUCAAACAUAAUAUGUCAUUGAAUAUGUGCACAAACUCUGGCUGGUAUAAUGAAACUGUCAUAAGCAUGUGGAUGCAUUUUCAGAGAGCAUGGAAAAAUAUAUCAGAUUGUAAUUUCAACAUUCUGUUACACCAUUAAAAUUUGCAUUUUGCAAAGUA